ACUUCUUCGGUAUUGGCAAGCGCUUGUAUCCUUGUUGCUCUUUAUGCCGUGUUACGCGCCCUCGUCACUGUGUUUACCACGGGUAUGGCCGGCAGCAUUACAGCACAGUCCGCUUGCUGUAGCUGCAUGAGUGACACAGGUGACCUGUGUUAGCGUCUGAGCGAGGGGUAAUGUGAGAGCUGAGACGGCGGCCACGCUGGUGAGCGCAGCCAUGGCCCGCGUGCUGGCGACCCUCAAGGCGGUGGCGACGCGGGCCGUGUUCGGCGGCCACGGGCUGCUCGCCAUCUGGCAGGUGACCGUCUUCAAGCGCGACCCCCGCUUCUGGUACCUCUGCGCGCCCAUCAUCAUGCUUGCCUUCGAGGGCGUCUUCACACUCACCAUCAAAGAGUCGCAGGAGUGGAAGUGGUUCUGUCCGUCUGUGUUCCUGUACCUGGCGGGCACCGUGCCCUCCAUCUGGCUGCUCGAGCUACACAGGAUGGCCCGGAGGCAACAGGCACCGGCACUCAACAUCAGCGCCAUCGCCGUCGGGGACCUGGACAAACUGUUUGGGGUGAAGCUGACGCUGCCCGAGGUGGACGCGGACCUGUGGGUGACGCUGAUCGAGCAGUGCCUGAUGCUGGCGCUUAUCCUGGGGCGCUGGAUGCUGCCCAAGGGUGACCUGACGCGGGACCAGCUCUCCCAGCUGCUGCUCGUAUACAUCGGCACCGCCGCCGACAUCAUAGAGUUCUUCGACUCCUUCAAGGACGAGGCGAUCAGCCGCGACCCGGUGCUGGUGCUGCUGACGCUGGCCAUCUGGUCGUGGAGCCUGCUGCAGUUCACCGUGGUGCUCACCGCCACCAAGUCGCGCAAGUCCAGGCUCGCCACCACCGUCACCGCCGCCCCAGCCUCUCCGGAUCUCAGGGGCGGCUGCUGCUCGGUGGACGUGUGGGGCAUCGCGCUCAACAUGCUGCUGCAGGACGCGCCCUUCCUCGUCUUCCGGCUGCUGCUCAUCCUGCACUACCGCAUCAUCUCCUACAUGAACGUCUUCUUCACCUGCAAGAAUACGCUCGUCAUCCUCCUGCAGCUCUACCGCCUCUACGUCGUACGCGCCGAAGCGGCCGCCGCUGCCAAGGCAACCCGUAGGGCGCGCUUGCGGGCAGCGCUAGCCAGGAAGGUCCUGAGAGAGGACGGAGAGUCGGCCUCCAGCGACGAGUCGACCGCCUCCAGCACCAACAGCAGCAGCAGCGGGGGCGGCAGCGACGUAGAGGCGGGGGGCGUGGCCCUGUCUGCCUGUGCCGGGCGCCGCGGCAGCCAAAUCGCAGUCGUAGACGCUGCAAGUGGCUCCGCCACCGCUUGCACUGGCCGGCGCACCAGGGCCCCCUCCAGGCGUUGUCGGCGUCACGACACGGGCUACUCUACGGCCUCCAGCUCAGUAAGGGAAUCCUCGGCUUCAGCACCAGCUUCUGGGAGUAGGCGCGCCACCUCUGUCGAUUCGGAACAAAGCAAGAAGAGAGGCAAAAGCAAAACGAAGUCCAGGAGCACCAUGACUGAGAGUCGCGGCAGCCGUGGGCGGCGCCGCGGAGCUGCUGGCGCAGUGAAGUCGGUGGCGUCGGACGCAGAGGUGGCGCGGGUGCUGCUGGAGGAGGGGGCCCGUGCGUGACGCAGGCGGCACCGGCUGGCGCUGUGCGCGCUCGCGCUACUCUACGCCGCCGUGCUGGCCGUCUGCAUGGCGCUCGUGCACGCCGCCGUCUCUCCGCACGGACUCUUACUGCUCUCCUACACCAGACUCAGGCCGGCAGCCUGACUCUCUGGCCGCUGUACCGCUGUAGUCCCUCUUUGUCUCGUUAAAUAUGCAGAUCGCUAACAGCAUACUGAAAGUCGUUUCAGCAGGAAUCGUUUAACGUAAUCUAGGGUGCUGGUGGAGAAAAGUGUAUGCGACUAAAAUUUUCCAAUCACUGGCAGCUGCUUUUAUGUAUACUUACAGCAAUUUCCAUUUACAUGUGGUGGUGGCUGUUAGCUGUUAUGGUGUUUCAAAAAGGCAUCCCACAUUCUUACAAGAGAUAGUAGUGGUCGAAAGUAAGAAGAAAACUUGAUAUAAACGCAUGUAAGAGACAAAAUAUUUCUUGAGAUUUGGUGACGUAUAUCGACAAUAGUUAAAAGUGGGACUUUAAAACACUGCACUCAGUCUAUAUUUAUCAAAUGUUUGAACACUUAGUGGCUUCCAGGAAAAUUGAUACGUAAGUUUAUACAUUUUUGGGGCUUCACUAGUCUCUCAAUGAAAAAUCCAAAUCUAAUAAAAGCAGCAUAAUAGGGUUUUGUGUCUUCAGCGUUGAAGGUUUUACACUCAUAGCGCCAAAUAUUAUCAUUUCUAAAGCAACUCGGCGUAUGAAGUUGUUUUAUACAUGGGAGUUUCUUUCUUUAAAGAACUGGGGCCGAGACAGCGUUGUUACUGGUCCGAACUAUUAUCCCUUCAAAGCAACAUUUUUCACUUAAAAUUGGAGAACUAAUAUUCAUAAAGAAAAGAGAGUCGUUUUCAUUUUAGGAAACAGUCAGGUUUUGUUGACUAUCCCUUAUGUCAUAUCGACUCAUCGAAAACGAUUUUUAUUAGGAAUCGACAAAACAUUUUAGGAGGGUGGUUUCACAGUCAGUGCCGAGUGGUGUGGGCUGUUACUGACAUUUUUCCAUUCAGUUUUGAUUGAUGCUUGUCUCGGUUUGUUCUGUGCCUUGAUGCCGUAGUCGUACAUAGCAUUAACACUGUCUCACGCAUCUGCUGGGUACCACCACAUUUUCUGUGCUUCGUAUGACAUUACCUAACACAAAUGUUUAGUGGUGGAGGACGUCCGGUUUCAUGGUCUCCCCAUUCAAAAUAAAUUAAACCCUGCGAUUUCUGCUUUUAGAGAUGUUUAAUGGCAUACAUGUUGUAGUGUACGUGCCAGAGGAGACGCUCAACUUGCCAGCCAGACACAAUAGCCACCUAGCACUGAAGCUGCCGAACACUUACACAGUCUGGAGCCAAGAAAGGCAGAGGCGCUUCCCCAGCCUCCACUGUAAGACGAAACAGAUAAGGGACCAGUCGCCGACAGUUAUCGAUAUUUCCAGAAUGAGAUUUUCACUCUGCAGCGGAAUGUGCGCUGAUAUGAAACUUCCUGGCAGAUGAAAACUGUGUGACCGACAGAGACUCGAACUCGGGACCUUUGCCUUUCUCGGGCAAGUGCUCUACCAUCUGAGCUACCGAAGCACGACUCAGGCCCGGUACUCACAGCUUUACUUCUGCCAGUAGCUCGUCUCCUACCUUCCAAACUUUACAGAAGCUCUCCUGCGAACCUUGCAGAACUAGCACUCCUGAAAGAAAGGAUAUUGCGGAGACAUGGCUUAGCCACAGCCUGGGGGAUGUUUCCAGAAUGAGAUUUUCACUCUGCAGUGGAGAGCGUAUUGUCAGAAUGCGAUGAAAGCAGACGUUUUCAGAUUUAAAGGCUCAUUUCGAAGGAAGAGGACAUGAACACGUCCACAUGACGUGGGAUGUCAAGUGAAGAAAGGGCUUCUAAAGCUAACUUUCGUUUUCGUUGGUCGUUGUGAACUGUGUUUCUGCCAUGCAAAUUGUGGACGGUAGGCAACUGUUAUGAAGUUGUUAUAAUUUGAUUGGGCAGGAGCAGUACAUUAGCUAGGCAGUUGGAUGCUUGGUCAUGUCAAGGGAGAAGUCUUUGCAGAACAAUAGGCGAGAGGUGUGCCAGUAGACAUACUCCACUUCCAAAUGGCAAAGGAUAUAUUUGACUGCGUGACUCGA